AUGAUUAUUAAUGGUGAUAGUGACGCAAAUUCGACUCUUGAACAAAAUGGAACUGUAUCAUAUAUUAAACUUGAUGAACAUUCAACAUUGAAUACAUAUUCAUCAACUGUUCUUAGUAAUUAUAGUGCCGAUGAUGAAAAUGAUGAUAAUCAUCAUCUACCAAAAUUUAUAUGGAAACGACAAAAAAUUUUCGAUAACAAUUGUAAUAAUCCAGAACGUCUUCCUAACGAUAAUAAUGUUCUUAAAAAUUUACAUAUCGAUCAAAAUUUAAUUAUGUUAACAAAAGAAAAUGGUACAUAUUCAUAUGAUGAUGAACUACAAUCAUCACCGUCGAGAAGUGUACCAUCUAUACCUGAAGAUAAACUUCAUCGAAGAAAUCCACAUACAGUACGACAAGAACUUAAAAUGUUUGAUGAUUUCGCACCAGAAACAGAUUUAUCAGAUAUACAUCUAAAUGAAAUGCCCGGUCUUCAUAAUACAGAUCAAUGGAAACGUAUUGCUGGUCGAACAUUUCACUCGUCACCACCAUUAUCUCGUCAAUAUUAUCAAACGAUUACAUCAACAUUAGAAUUACAAGACGGACAAGUACCACAACCAUUAGGUUCAUAUCGACGACCAGGUCGUAGUCCAAACGAACCAUUUAAUUCAGAAAUUGCUAAAUCUACUUGUCGAUUACCACGUCGUCGAAUUUUAUUUGGUUCAUUUAUAGCUGUUGUAAUUAUUGCUAUUGUCGUUUCUGUUAUUCUCGCUGUUAUGAUAGUUCCAAAACCGAGUACAACAACAACAACAGUUUUUUAUGAAGGAAGAGUUCAUGUUAUUGCACAAUUUAAUAAAUCACUUUUAGAUCUAUCGUCAACAUUAGCUAAAAGCUAUCAAGGAGAAUUUUGUUCAUUGAUUGGAACAACAUUAGCUGAUACAAGAACGAAAUAUGCUGCAUUUUAUUCAACUUGUACUGUAACUUCUUUUCAUCAUGGAAGUAUUAUUGCAAAUUUUGUACUUGGUUUUACACGUUAUCAAAAUGUAACACGUCUUAAUUAUUUUCUUAAUCGUACAUUAGUUAAUAAACAAUUAUUUGGUGGAACAAUUUCAUCUAUAAGAUUUAAUUUAACUUUAUAUAAUUCAAAUAGUACUUAUCCAAAUUCAACUGAUUAUUAUGAUGAAGAUAAUUCUGAUUUUGCAGCUUAUCCAGAAAAAAUUAUAAUGACUGAACAAAAUUCUACAAAUGAAUUACAACAACAACAACAAACUGCACAUACAUCGUAUACAACGGUUACAUAUACAACACUUGAAACAGGUUUGUCUAUUACUAUAUCAGAAACUAUAACAAUUACUAAUAAUAAUAAUAAUAAUAAUCUUGAAAAAUCGCCUAUUAAUAAUAAAAAUUAUGAGCUUAUAUUAAUACCAACAAUUGAAAAUGGAAAAACUGUUGCUGUUCCUACUGGUAAUGGGAAUGAAAAACCUCCUUUACCACCAGCAUCAUCAUCAUCAUCAUCAUCACCACCGCCGCCAACACCACCGGCACAAUCACCACCACCACUAACAACAGCAUCAUCAAAUAUAGCCCCAACAAAAACGUCAUCUCAACUUAAUCUUAUUCGACCAUUGAAAAAAUUUGGUGAUACAAAUUUUGCUUAUAUUGAUGCAUCAAGUGAUGAUCCUACAUAUAGUUCAGGAGAUGGUAUUAAUAUAAAUGUAUCCUUGUUUUCAUCAACUUUAGGAGAUCUAACUACUCGAGAUUCUACAUCAACAGCAUCAACAGUAUCACUUGAUAAUGGAACAAUAACAGAUUCUACUUCUACUCUAGCGGAUAACUUUAUUUUACCAACACCAUCAAAUACAACAACAAAAGGAACUACAAAUCGACCUACUACUACAACGCGUCCUCCGGUGAAAACUAAAAAUGAGAGUAGCGAAGAAAAAAAACCCUCACGUCCUAAUUCAAAUGUAAUAAAACGACAACGUCGUAUGAUUGUACCAAAAACUCAACGUCGUCUAUUACAAUAUGAAUUAAUGCCAACAGGAAAAGUGUAUUAUGUUGAUCGGCCAAUAUAUAAUGAAAAUCAAAGUUUUCAUUAUGAUAAUGAUGAUAAUUCAAGUACUAUACUUAGUACAAUAUUAUCUCGUUCAAGUUCAGUCGAUACAUUGAGUGAUAAACGUUAUCGUCAUCAUCAUCAUCAUCAGCAACAGAAUCGAAAAUAUUACCAUGAUUUAUCAUUGAAAAAAAAUGAACAAAAAUUAUCAGUCGGAGGAAGAUUAGCAUCAAAUCAUAAUUUACCAACAACAACAACAAUAUCAUCAUUUAAACCAAUAAAUACGAAUACUAAAAAAAAUCGAUUUUCUUCAUUUGAACCAACACGAGAAUCAUUAGAUCAAGUAUUUGAUGUUUUAAUUGCAGCUGAUAAACGACGAGAAGAAAAUGAUUUUUGGAGAGAAAAAUUCGAACAACGUACACCAAUUUCACGUGCACAAAUCGUUAAUAAUCGAAUACAACAUGCAGCUAAUACAAAUACAAUGCCAUUUUUUCGUUCAAAACAAACACAACCAUCUCCAAAUUCUAUUUUGAAUCAUAAUGAUAAUCGUUCACAAUCUUAUACCAAUAAGCGUACUUCAUUAUAUGAAGCUACUAAUCGACAGAAUGGUAAUUUAUUAGAAGAUUGCCUUCGACGACGAACACAAAUUGUUCAACAACAACCACCACAACAACAACAACAACUACCACCACCAAUAACAGAACGUAAUUAUUCACCAAAUACGAUUUAUUCUACAAAUUAUCCUAAACAUCAAUUACCUCCAACUGGCAAACCACCACUUCCUACAACAACUACUGCUACUCAUCAACCCGUACGUAUUCUUCCGUUAUCGAAUGGUCGCUUAGGUCGUGCUCCACAAGCUCGACAAACAUCUGAUGAUCUUUCUUCUACAUCCGACGUAUGGGCAGCACGUUCAUCGAUAGAAGAUGAAACUCGUCCAACUAAAAAAUCAUCACUUCAUGCACGUUUUCCAUCAGCUAUUAAUCGUCCUCGAACCAAUGAACCAAAAAAUCUUAAUAAUAAACGUGCAUUAAGUGUUGGACAACAAAAACCAAAUCGAACACAAAAUAAAAAUUUAUUAACAACGUCAGCAACAACAACAAAAAGCAAAUUUUUUGAUUUAUUUAAAUUUAAUCGUUAG